AUGGGUUCCACCGCUCCCAACGGCCGCCUCGCUGGCAAGAAUGCCAUCAUCACCGGAGCUGCUGGUGGCAUCGGUCUUGAGACGGCGAUUCUCUUCGCCAAGGAGGGCGCCAAGGUCAUUCUCUCUGACAUCUCCGCCCCUGCGCUGGAAAAGGCCAAGGCCAAGGUUCAGCAGCUUGUGCCCACCGUCGGCGGUCUCGAGACUAUCCUCUGCGAUGUGAGCAAGGAAGACCAGGUCAAGGCCAUGGUCGAGGCUGCGGACGCCUGGGGUGGCGUCGACAUCAUCUUCAACAACGCCGGCAUCAUGCACGCCAAGGAUGACGAUGCCGUCGGCACCCCAGAGAACAUCUGGGACCUGACCAUGGACAUCAACGUCAAGGGUGUCUGGUACGGCUGCAAGCACGCAGUUCUCUCCAUGCGCAAGCACAAGAAGACCAAGGGAAGCAUCAUCAACACAGCCUCCGUCGUCGCGCUUGUCGGAUCCGCCACGCCCCAGCUCGCCUACACCGCCUCCAAGGGCGCCGUCCUCGCCCUGACCCGCGAACUCGCCAUUGUCCAUGCGCGCGAAGGAAUCCGCUUCAACAGCCUGUGCCCGGCGCCCCUCAACACCCCUCUGCUCCAGGACUGGCUCGGUGACGACAAGCCCAAGCGGAUGCGCCGCGAGAUUCACUUCCCCUCCGGCCGGUUCGGUGAGGCUGUGGAGCAGGCUCAGGCAGUCUUGUUCCUGGCCAGCGACGAGGCCAGCUUCGUCAACGGCCACGAGAUGGUUGUGGACGGCGGCAUGACCAAGGCCUACGUUACCCCCGAGGGUCAGCCGCUCGAUGCGCCCACCAACAACGCCCUGAAGGACCAGCUCUGA